GGCUCGGCUCAGCCCUUCAUUCCGCAGCGGCGGCGGCAGCGGCAGCAGCUCCGGCGGGGAGGGGGCGGCGGAGGCGGAGGGAAGGGAGCCCCGGCUCGGCGGGGAUUGAUGGCUCCCGAGCUCGGCUGCGUCCCACCGCCCCAGCCCCGCUGCUGAGCAGGAGUUACCGGCAGGAUCGACCGGAGGAAGGAGCCCGCCGGCGGAGAGAUGUCUUCUAGAAACAUGGCUGGCCAACACAUCCUUCCUCAAGCUUUGUAUCAGAGCAAUAUGCUGAAAGCCAUGAAGAUCAGAGAGAGGACACCUGAAGAUCUGGUCAAACCCCCCAGUGGAAUAAUUCACCACUUCAGGACUAUGCACAGAUACACCAUAGAAAUGUUCAGAAUGUGCCAGUUUUGUCCUCAGUUUCGGGAAACACUUCAGAAGGCCCUGACUGACCAGGCCACCCAGACUUCGCUGGAGCGCCAGAGGAAGCUCAACUGGUGCAUGGAAGUUCGGAGACUUGUCCCUUUGAAGACUAAUGGUGAUGGAAAUUGCCUCAUGCAUGCUGCAUCGCAGUACAUGUGGGGUAUUGAAGAUAUCGACCUUGUCUUAAGAAAAACAUUGUUUAGUGCACUCAGGGAGAUUGACACACGGAACUUCAAGCUCCGCUGGCAGCGGGAGGCUAUUAAAUCCCAGGAGUUUGUAGAAACGGGACUCCACUACGACACCCGGAAUUGGGAGGAGGAGUGGGAAUACCUCAUUGAAAUGACCUCCCCAGAAACAUCUGGGGCUCGAAACAGGCUUCCAUAUAAUGCACUGGAAGAAAUUCACAUCUUCAUCCUUGCUAACAUCCUCAGAAGGCCAGUCAUUGUCCUUGCAGAUAAAGUGGUGAGAAGUUUAGAGUCAGGCUCCAGUUUUGCUCCUCUGAACGUUGGUGGUAUUUACUUGCCUCUUCUUUGGCCAGCUGAAGGAUGCUACAGAUACCCAAUUGUGCUCGGCUAUGACAACAUGCAUUUUACACCACUAGUGACUCUGAAGGACAGCGGGCCAGGAAUCCGGGCUGUCCCUCUGGUCACCAGUGAACGAGGCAGAUUUGAGGAUUUGAGUGUUCACUUUCUGACAGAUGCAGAAGAGAGGGAGAAAGAGCAGCUGCUAAAAGACUACUUGAUAGUGAUAGAAAUUCCAGUGCAAGGCUGGGAUCAUGGUACAACUCAUCUAAUUAAUGCUGCAAAGUUAGAUGAAGGCAACCUACCCAAAGAAAUAAACCUCGUGGAAGAUUACUUUCAACUGGUACAGCAUGAGUACAAGAAGUGGCAGGAGAACGCUGAACCUGCUAGAAGAGAGACCUGCUCCAGGAACAGACAGGAACUGUCUUUUUCCCAGCUCUCCCUCUUACAGGUGAAAUGUGAAACACCAAAUUGCCCUUUCUACAUGUCUGUGAACACCCAGCCCUACUGCCAUGAGUGCUUUGAGCGGAGGUCCCAAGGAAGCAAGGGAAGAAAGCAGACCUCCAAAGCAGCACCCGAGAAACUGAAGGCAGCUGGGUCAGGCUCCUCCCAUGGCGACGUUUGUGAACCUGGGGGAUGGACGUCCGAAGGCCCUGUAACAGGGCCUCGCUCCGCACCUCCGACUGCUCCGAGCCUUUUCCUAUACAGUGAGACCACGGCCAUGAAAUGCAGGACACCGGACUGCCCCUUUACAUUGAAUGUGCAACACAAUGGGCUUUGUGAACGCUGCUACAACUCCAGACAGCUUGGUCCUUGCAACAACUUGGAUGACCGGAGACAUUUAGACUAUGCCACAUGCAAGGUGUGCCAUCAGAAGGCCAACAGGACCUUCAACGGCAUAUGCAGCACUUGCUUCAAAAGGUCUACAGAGCGCUCCUCAAAUGGCAGCCCCGCUUUCCUGCCCACGUGCCACCAGAGAUCGACGUCUGACCCGUCCCAGAUCUCGCAGAGCCUCCUCCAGCACUCCUGCCAUCAGGCUCCCAACAGCCGCAGCGAGGAGCCCUCGCCGCCAGCGCUGCCUCCCGAGGAGAACAGGGGAAGUAACCUCUGCAGGAAACCUGGCUGCAAGUUUUUUGGGACAUCACAAAAUGAGGGCUUUUGCACACUGUGUUUCUUUGAGUACUUGGAAAACCACGACAGCACUUUGCUACGCCACCAGAGAUCUCAGAGGAAGUCCUCGGCAGCGGGUCAGCCAGGGACCUCUGCUGCCGCCUUCCGUAACACUGUGUCCUGCCAGCGGCGUGACUGCGGCACCCUGGGCAGCAUGAUGCUCGAGGGGUACUGCCAGAACUGCUUCAUUAAAGCCCAGAACCAGCGAUUUCAGGAAGCCAGGAGGACAGAAGAACAGCUGGUGAGACAGCCAGAAAGAACGGGACAACACAGAGAUUUGCAGCGAGCAGCGUUGAGUAGCCAGAAGAGACAGUGUGCUGUGGCUUCGUGUAGAAACAACCUGGCCGGCAGAAGCAAUGACUUGUGCCAGGAGUGCCAGCGCCUUGGUCAGCUUCCGCCAUCGGGGAGUGCCAGGGACCUGGCUGCAGAGGAGCCCCCGAAGCAACGCUGCCGAGCCCCUGCUUGUGAUCACUAUGGCAAUGCCAAGUGCAACGGCUACUGCAAUGAAUGCUACCAGUUCAAACAGAUCUAUGGGUAGCGGAGGGGAGGAGUUGGUAAAGAACAAGAAAGCGAUACCAGCUACUUCCUUCACUGAAACGGUGCUAUGUCCAAAACACUUAACAGGCCUGGGAGUGGGAGGGCAGGGGGAAAUAUAAGCUGUCUGCUCAUGUUCCUGUUUAUUCCCAAGAACAGGAAUAAAUGUCUACUUCCUGUAAACACUGCAUACAAGGACUGCUGAGAAGGGCAGGUUGCCUUCUGCACAGAGCUGUCUUUCGUGACUAAGCUCCUAUAAUUCCAUAUUUAAUUCUUGGACUUCCCAGGAGGAAGUGUGAAGCAUUUGAGUCCAAAGAACUUCCCGAUGCUGCCUCUUUCUCAAUACAUCGCCUGGUCCCGGGCGAGGAGCUGCAGCUACUGUUGGAGGUGCAGGAGCUCUUUGCAUUGGCGUACAUCCGUCAGAGGCAAGUCUUUCCUGAGAGGGAUCCCCCAGGACAAGCUGAUGCAACUUGCAGUUGAUGUCUGAAGAAACGUGCUUUGGGUUGCCUGCGUCCUUGCUGAUGUUCUUACAGAGCUCGUCAAGGUGGGAGCUCCCACAGGCGUUCAGGGUGUUAACAGCAAGGGAUUCUGUGUUUGCAGAGCCCUCAGCAAACCGCAGCCAGAAACAAGACCAGCAGUGGUCUGCUCCUUUAACACACUUAACCCAACCAGCAUUUAGAUCCUUUCCCAAAUUGCAAGACAGCUGGAAAGACAGGUGAUUACAGAAGCAACUUUCAUGAGCAUACACAUGUGAUGGGAAAACAGAAUCCUGCUGUUCCCCACUCGUAUGGAAGGAAUUGCCUCCAACAGACAAAACCCCAAAGCCCUUUGUUUUCGGCUUCAUUUCUGAAAUCAAAACAACUCUAUUCUCUUGCAUUGUAACUGUUGGGAAUGUGUGUGCUGCUGUUCAUACACCCCACCCACCAUUUCUGUCACACUUCUUUCUUUUAUCCUUAACGCAAUUCUGUUAUCGUGCUAACAGCUUGGAGCUCAGUAACAGAGUGCUUUAGGGUUGAGAUGUUACUCCUGGAGUUCAUGCAUCCACUUUUCAAUCUGCAAUACUUUCUUUAGUGACCUUGCCUUUACCAUUGUGCCUGGUACCUGCUUCUCUCCUCUCCUUUCACAACUUUUAAGUUUUCAGCAUCUGUUUUGCUGCUAUGAUUUUGGAGGUGAUACCUCUUCUAAGUUGCUUCUCAAGUUUAAAGUCUUUUUCUAGUUAUUAAAAAACAGGUUUUAAAAAGAAAAAAAAAUAAAUAACUCAUUACUUAUUUCUGUUAAAUUUUAUAUAUUUUGUGAACUUUAAUGUGAACAUAUGUUUUAUUAAAAUAUUUAUAUUAUUUGAAACAAUGCAACUUGAAAUUUGCACAGCUAGGAUUUUUUUUUAUGUAUAUUUACUCUUGUGUUGAAAGUUACAAACUUAAAUGUAUAAUUGAAAAACAUUCUCUGAUAUAAAGAAAUAAAUUAUUGAAGGAU